AUGGCCGACAGUGAUCGAUCCAAGGGACUUCCGGCUCAGAUCAAGGCUGUCAUCUUCGACAUGGAUGGUUUGUUGCUGGACUCGGAACGUUUAUAUACCCAAGUCACCAACGAAGUCUUGGCGCCCUACAACAAGCAAUUAACCUGGGAGAUCAAGGCGAUGUUGAUGGGGCGACCAGCAGAGGAAUCAGCAAGGAUCUUGAUCGAACGUACCGGAAUCCCACUAUCCCCAGAAGAGCUAAUCUCGAUGUUUGCAACCCGACAACGUACUCUGUUCUCAACCGUCCAACCUAUGCCUGGUGCCUUGAAGCUAGUUCAACAUCUUCAAAAGUCGAACAUUCCUAUGGCCAUUGCGACUGGCUCAAGUUCGACUAAUUACAAGUUGAAGAGUGAAAACUUGGGUGAACUAUUCUCAGGUUUCGAAGGAAAAGUCGUAUGUGGAGAUGAUCCAGAGUUAAAGAGAGGCAAACCGCACCCGGAUCCAUUCUUGCUAGCAGCUAGUCGACAUCUAGGGAUGAAACUCAAGCCGGAUCCAGUCACGGGCUUCCUCGAACCCCCCUCGGCCGAGCAGUCCGACCAAUCGACCAGCCUUAGACCCGAUCAAAUCUUGGUCUUUGAAGACGGAUUGGCGGGCGUCCAAGCUGCCCAGGCGGCCGGAAUGAAGGUCAUUUGGGUGCCCGACCCAGAACUUAAGAACGUCAUACUCCGUCAGAACGAUCAGCAAUCUCGAGUCACCGCUGAUCGGGUCUUGGAUUCCUUAUUGGACUGGAAUGGGGCCGAUUGGGCUCUUCCCACCUUUUAA